UUUAUUUUGAAAACUGAUUUCAAGUUUUUUUUGAUUGUCCACCAAAUUUGGCACCAAAUCCGGUGAUAAUUACAAUCAUUUCCUUUGUUUGUUUUAUGACAGAUAUCUUCAACAAUAUGUUCGGAAGAGUUACUUUCUAUCCAACACUUCUUUACAAUAUUUUUAUGUCGAAAGUAUCGACGAGACGAUGGUUUGACCGAAUCGACGACAACUGUAUAUUAGGAGCGCUUCCCUUCAGAUCUAUUACUCCUCAGUUAAUAAAAGAAGAAAAAGUCAGAGGAGUUGUUUCAAUGAAUGAAGACUUUGAGCUUAGAUUUUGGGUGACAACACCUGAAGAAUGGCAACAAUUGGGUAUCAAAUUUCUGCAAUUAAAUACCGCAGACAUAUUACACGCCCCGACUCAGGACAAGUUGAACCGUGGCGUACAAUUCAUGCAACAAUUUAUGGGAACCGAUAGCUCUGUUUAUGUUCACUGCAAAGCUGGUCGUACAAGAAGUGCCACAUUAGUUGCCUGUUAUCUUAUGAAUAAACACCAGUGGAAACCACAAGAAGCGGUAGAUUUUAUGAAAUCAAAAAGAAGUCAUAUUCUUCUGCGAUCUAAACAAUGGGAAGCGAUUGACAAAUAUUAUGAUCAAAACAUCACUAAUAGUAGUGACAAACAGAAUAAUAUAAAUUUGACAUAA